UGCACAAAAGAAGGGCGGCUAAUUUAUGAGACUAGGACUCUACUUAGAUUUUCCUCACUGUUUUAGUUUUUUGUUUCUAAUAUCUGAGCAGACCGAGAGCCUAGGGCAGAAUGUUCCUUAAAUCAUUCAGAAUAAAGUCUAAUAGUGCUGUAAAGGGUUCAGUAAGGAAGCAACUGAAAAGAGAAGUUUCAGAGCAGUAUCCCUUACUACCUGGGGAGGUAUUGGACACAGUCUUGCCAUCAAAAGCGGGCUUACACUGUGUGAAGUACGAGAGCGGGAAGAAUGACACUGUGUCAGUGUACUAUGUUAUGGACAACAAUCCAAUCUUCUUUGUGCAUAAUGGAAAACUGUUUCCGACCGUGUACACUUUGUGGAGUCACCCUCAACUCGUCAAAUGUGUUGCAACCAGUGCCUUUGUUGUGAAAAAACUAAUGGAUGGAGCUGACCUAAUGCUACCUGGUGUUUGUACUGAAAAGGAUGGUGGGUUCUCUCUUUCUGGUAUUACUGUAGGCCAGCCUCUAGCAGUCAACGUAGUGGGAAACAGGUGUGCGGUUGCUGUGGGCGUUUCACUCAUCUCCAGUGAACAAAUUGUAUCUAGUCGAAUGAGGGGCAAAGCACUAGAAGUGUUGCACAUUUAUGGGGAUCACUUAUGGUCCGCAGGCACUAAGCAAGAGCUACCUGUUACUCCCUACAUCAUGGAGGUGAGAGUUAAUGAAAAACUUGGAGAGAAGUAUACCCCAAAAAUGGGGCGGAGUGACUGUGGUGUUUCUGAAUCAGCUGAAGAGAUAGUAACAGCGACAGGUUUACCAGUAUGUACCAUAGGGAAUGAUCAAGAGAGUAGUGAAGAAUUGGUGAAAGUGAAGAUUGAUGACAAGACGACUACCUAUUCAGAUUCUGCAGUGACUGUAGAAGACUUUCCUGGUGACACUGGAGAGGCAUCUGGAGGUCUAUUACUUAAUGAAGCUAGUAUUGUUGACGAGACGUCUUAUGAUUCUGAACCAGAGAUAGACAUGGAUGAACUGUUGCUGGAAUGUUUUCUAAAAACAAUAAAGUCAGUAGUGAAACCCGAGGAUCUCCCUUUAUUGACCAGCACACUGUAUGGCUCGUACAUGAGACAAAGCUGUCCAAGCGAUUUGAUUCUUGAAAUCAAAAAAUCGUCUUAUAAAAAGGUAUCCAAGUUCCUUUCUAGCUUGGUCAGUAAGGGAGUCAUAGAGAUCAGUAGUGAAGAUGGAGCUGAUUCAGUCACCAGCAUCAACAGUGAUCAUGAACUACUGCAUAAUUUUCGACCUGUAUUGACAAAAGGUUCCAGACCCAAAACAAAAGAAGCAGUCGUAACUAGAGCAAACACCAUCACGGUGGAAGAGGUGUGGUCUCCUUUCCAGUCAGUGUCACCACUCUUCUCCCCCCAAGGUGUUUAUAAAAGCUCCACGGUGUCAUCCUCUGAUGUUAGAGAAAUAGUUACCAAGUAUGUCAAAAACAACCAACUUGUAAGCCAGGACAAUACACAGAUUGUGGGUGUUAAUGUUAAUCCAGUUUUAUCAAGAGCUCUCAAACUGAAAGUUAACAUCACUUCUCUGAGCUGGAAGCAACUAUUUUCUGAGGUAUUUAAUCAAAUGAGGCCUUCUUUUAUCAUUCGUCAGGGGAGUAGAGAAACUCUUGUGAAGAAUAACCUUCCCAAAGUGAAAUUAACAGUUUGUCGUCGUGCCAAUAAAACAGUAACUUUAGUGGACAACCUUGAUACGUACGGCAUCCCUGCCACUGAGUUUUCUCAGAAAAUACAGAGACAAGCAGCUUGUCACUCAGCAGUGCAAACAGCUGCUGGAGCGUCCGGUUCACAAGUGUUGAUCCAAGGGAACCAAGUGAAGACAAUUGUCAGGAUACUUGAAGGAUAUGGACUUCCAGUGAGACUAAUGGAAUCUCAAGAUAAUGUUAAACCCUCCAAGAAUGCAAAAAGGAAAGGGAAAGGUAGCCAGAAUUAAUUUGAAUUAUGCUGUAGCCAGACAGUGCUGCCUGUUCCUUAUUCAUUCGUAAGAAAUGGAAUUCAUAAAAUCAGUAUUAA